UGCAGCGCGCUCCCGUCUACAGCCGUGCUGCCCGGUUACAGUGCGGAGCGCGCCUCAAAACUGCACGCGCUGCGCUCGUUUAAGGGCGGAUCGGGAUUUUUUUUAACACAGCCUCACUGGAAUUACGCGUUAGACCGGGAUCCUCCUGCUCAUCCAGGUUUUUCUACAACAGCUGGCGUGACGCGGUCAUUUACCGGAAUAUUUCCGUUCGAUCGCGCGUUUCGCGGCAUAAACGCCGGGCGCUUUUGUGUUGAUGCAAAUGAUGCGCCCGGUAAACGCGCGGCGGGGAGAGCGGCGCGUCCGUCGCUCGCGCUGAUGACAAUAGCGGACUCCAGCGAUCAGAGCGCGUGAUAGAAAUAAAGGAACGAUUACCGGGAAGGACAAUGUCUCUCAGCAGAAGCAUCGAGCUCGAGCACUUUGACGAGCGGGACAAGGCGCGCCGCUCCAAACGCUCCGCCGCCGCCGCUGGUGGUGGUUCGGGUUCGCGCGCGAGCAGUCUGGUCCCGAGCCCCGCGCACAGCGCCAACUGCAGCUUCUACCGCACGCGCACGCUGCAGGCGCUCAGCUCCGAGAAGCGUGCCAAGAAGGUCCGCUUCUACCGGAAUGGAGACCGGUACUUCAAGGGUCUGGUGUACGCGGUGUCCGGCGACCGCUUCAGAUCCCUGGACGCGCUGCUGGCCGAGCUGACGCGCGCGCUCGCCGACAACCUGCACCUGCCGCAAGGUGUGCGCAACAUCUACAGCGCGGACGGCGCGAGGAAGAUCACGAGCCUCGACGAUCUCGAGGAAGGUGAGAGUUACGUCUGCGCCUCAAACGAGCCCUACAGGAAGGUGGACUACACCAAGAACGUCAACCCUAACUGGGGCUCGCGGCUGGCGGGGCCCGUGGGCGGAGCCAGUCAGCCUGUGGGCGGAGCCGGCCGUCCAGGGCCUCCGCGUGCAGCUGGAGAGUCGAGGGAGACGAAGGACUACAUCAAACCCAAACUGGUGACGGUGAUCCGGAGCGGCGUGAAGCCCAGGAAGGCUGUGAGGAUCCUGCUUAAUAAGAAGACGGCGCACUCGUUUGAGCAGGUGCUCGCCGAUAUCACCGAAGCCAUCAAACUGGACUCCGGCGUCGUGAAGAGACUCUACACACUGGACGGAAAACAGUUGACUAGUCUGCAGGAUUUCUUCGGUGAUGAUGAUGUUUUUAUCGCGUGCGGUUUGGAGAAGUUUCGUUACGCUCAAGAUGACGCAGCUAUCGGACACGCGGGGAAGGGCGCCGCGGCCGCGUUCGUUAACGAGUGUAAGAAAUCACGGCCGUCUGUCCCACCCAAGACGACCAAGAGCUCUGGUGUCCCGCGCUCAAAAUCACCCGUAUCAGCCAAUGAGGCUCCGAGGAGCGACUCUCCGCCGAUGAGGUCAUCGCAGUCGCCCUGCAGCCCCGCGGCUCAACGCAGCCGGAAGACGUCUGUUCAUGAAGCGUCUCCGUCCCCGGCCCCGUCCAGAGACCUCAACGAUGAGGAGGGCCUCAGUCCAGAGGUGAACGGUAAUGAAGUUCAGUCGUCUGUCAUCACUGAGAAGUAUAAAGUGGGGAAGGUGAUCGGCGAUGGAAACUUCGCUGUAGUCAGAGAGUGUGUGGAGAGGUCUACAGGACAGGAAUACGCGCUGAAGAUCAUUGACAAGGCCAAAUGCAGCGGCAAGGAGCACCUGAUAGCCAAUGAGGUGGCGAUACUGCGCAGGGUUCAUCACCCGAGCAUCAUUAUGCUAAUAGAGGAGCUGGACACGCCCAUUGAGCUGUACCUGGUGAUGGAGCUGGUGAAGGGCGGUGAUCUGUUUGAUGCCAUCACUUCCUCCACAAAGUACACAGAGCGAGACGCCAGCGCCAUGCUGUUCAACCUGACCGGAGCGCUGCGAUACCUGCACAGGAUGAACAUCGUACACCGGGACAUCAAACCUGAGAACCUGCUGGUGUGUGAGUAUCCAGAUGGCACUAAGUCUCUGAAGCUGGGUGAUUUUGGGCUGGCGACGGUGGUGGAGGGACCGCUGUACACCGUCUGUGGGACGCCGACUUACGUCGCACCGGAGAUUAUCGCAGAGAGCGGGUACGGGCUGAAGGUGGACAUCUGGGCGGCGGGUGUGAUCACCUACAUCUUGCUGUGUGGUUUUCCUCCGUUCCGCAGCGAGAAGAACCUGCAGGAGGAGCUGUUUGAGCAGAUCUUACUGGGCAGACUGGAGUUUCCCUCGCCGUACUGGGACAACAUCGGCCUCUCUGCUAAAGAUUUAAUUGGUAAGAUGCUGCAAGUGAAUGUUGGUGCUCGUUACACGGCUGACGAGGUGCUGGAACACCCUUGGGUGCAGGACGAUGCUGUGAUGGACACUAAAAUGGCAUGUGAGAUGGGAGAUGGUGUUAAAUCAGAAAACACACACAACAGCACAGCAGCAGAGACUGAGGUGGAUCAUCUCCAUGAUGACAGCUGGCAGAUGAAUCUCUCCGGAGGCGCAGAAGAAGAGAAACCCUGAUCACCACCACAAACCUCAACACCGAGACCAGACCAGACCAGACCGGACCGGACCACCUUCUCUCAGCAUCUUCCAUCUAGUUCUUAGUGGCGUUGAUCAAGUCAACCAUCAAUAUCACUUAGUCCUCAUAUUUUAGUGUUAGCUUCAUGCUGAAACCCAUAGACACUCGGCAGCAUCCAGCCAGUUUGUUUACAUGCACUCCGAAUGAAUCCAGUCCGCUUUCAGAUUCAUUUGAGCUUUUAUAUGAACGCUAAACUCCGCAAUUCACAUAUUCAUUUACAUGUAGGCUAUAUUUAUGUAUUCCAAACAACAGACACCAAGUUCAGAACUGGAAAAAGCCACUGUGAUAAUGUCACCAAAGCUAACUAGAGUUUAAUUGUCAAGUAUGUCUGGAGAGCUUUUUUUAGCAAAUAUUUAGUAAAUAUUUAUCCUCCUCCACUGACCAGCUAACAAAAAUAUGUUUUUAGAAUUACGUUAAGUUAUAAAAAGAUUAUUUCUGAAUGUUCUCUGAACAUUCAAAACUUCCAGAUUUUUAAAUGUUUAAAUUUUUUUUCUUGGUUUUGCUCAUUUUGCAACCAUUACGGUAACAUCACUUUUAAAUGUUCUCUGAGCGUUCUGAAACAAGUAGUAACAGUUAAAAAACAGAUGAUGAACAUCCAACUAAAAUGUUUCAUGAACGAUGUAUAAAUACCCAGAAAAUAUGUUCUAAGAACAUGUUUCCAUCACAUCCAUUUUUUGUUUAAAUGUUUAGAAACGUUUUUCUUGGUUCUAUUUUAUCAUUUUGCAAACAUUAUGGCAGUGUUACUUUUGAAUGUUCUCUGAACAUUCUAAAACUAGUAACAUUUAAAAAAAAAAAAAACUUAAGAUAAACGUCUAACUAAAACGUUCCAGGAAUGGAGCAUAAAUAAUGUUUUCGUGCUAAAUUUUUAAGAACAUUCUUAAAGACCAGAGAACUUUGAGUGAACGUUCUAUUAACGUUACUGGACGAAUGUUCAUAAACUUGCGAGAACGUUAGCUCCGUUCAUUGGUUCGCAGGAGGUAGACUAAAUAAAUACGCACGUUUGUAAAAUCAGAUUGAAAUUUCAUUCGGACUUACUGAGGGAGGUUCAUGAAAUUAACGGGUUAUUUGAGUGCAUGUAAACAUGUUCUUCAGAUCAUGUAAUAAUCUAUUGGUCCGCGUUCAUUUUCUCCCGUUCUGGUCUGUGUUUGUACGCAGGGCUUCAAUUAAACCAGCGACCUCGACUUUUACUGCACUGUGUCCUGAACCUGCUCCUCUUUCUCUCUCUGUACAUAUGUGUCGAUGUGUGUCUAAUCAGAUGCAUCAUUAGAGUCUCAUUUCAGACAUUUGCGUCUUGAUGAACGCGUUCUGAAUGGAACUGAAUGGGAACGAGACGUUUCAAUUGUGUUGCUGGAUGUUUCUUUAUGUCUGAUUUGUGUGAACAAAUGUGUUACGAGCCUGAUGUAGUGUUAUGACUUUGCUUUAGACCAAAACUUCGGCCUUUACUGAAUGAGUGUGUGUUUCUCUCCAUGAAAUGCCUCCGUUUUUAGAAGAACUGUUCAUUUAAUUUGAUCUGAACGGUCGCUUAUUGUGGUUUCAACGGUAUUAACUUUUGUACGGUGGAUGUUCGGGGCCUAAAGCCCCUCGUAAUUAUUCUAAUUAUGGAUUUAUUUCAUAUUUUGUUUUGUAUUGCAACAAUACAUCAUGAGUAGCUAAUGAACUUGUCUGUGUUUUAUUGCAUGUGAACGGCGAAUGAAAUGAAACCGAACGCUGAUAAUGUCACAAAUUUAAGCGUGAAUUCACUUUUUUGGUUUCAUUUUAGUAAGCAAGUGUGACAGAAAUAAACGAGACAUUUGGUAUACCUUACGGCAAAUUUUCGCGGGAGAAAUGCGCUCGUGAAUACGAAUCCGCGCGAUCGGGAAUUUCGUGCGAGGGACACGUGACGCAUCAAAUUCGGGUUUUUAAAAUGUUAAUAUUUUUUAUUAAUUAUUAAAAGUAGGCCUAAAUAAUUUUUAAAUGUUGCAAUAUCCAUACGUUCCCCGCGAAAUUUCGUGACCGCGCGUCAAAAUCACUGUAGCCUAUUUAUGGGAAGGGGAUGGUAUAAAUGCAGCAUUGUAGUCAUGAGAAGUUGAAAAUGCUGGAUUUUCUUUGAUUUACAGCUUUCUAAAUUGGGGUAUCAAUUAAAAAAAAAUGUUACAGAAAGUGUGUUUGGUUUUUAAUUUUAAGUUUGUACACAUUUGUGUAGUUGAACUUAAUAAAAACAAUAUUAGUUAUGUGG